GCAGUAAUAUACAGCAUGUACCACAGGCAGGCUUUAGGACCAAGUUUCUAAGUAGGCAGUGGUAACCCAAAGAGAAGGAGAAGGCAUUCAUUCGGGAGUGAGUUUGAGUUGGUUCACCAAUUCAGACCGAAACGCUGCAGCAUCAGCAUCGCCACUAUUACAGCAAGGUGAAGUAAAAACUACGCUCGCAAAAAGGCUGCACGUCCUUGGGACCUGGUGAUCUAAAACGUGUUUUUGGUUGUUUAUCAUUUGUUAACAUUAAUAAAUAAAAGUGGCAACUCUUUCCAGGAUCCUUCCAAAAGGAGCCAUGGAUUGUAUAAGAAGACACACUUUUAUUAAUAUCGCUGUCAGCGUUUUGAUAGUUAGCAGCUCCAGCCAUGCUUUAUUGGACAAGUCCCUGGAGGAGAACUUCAUGUUCCCCCAUCGCUUGAGGCCAGAGGACGAGAGCCAAAUUACCUCCUGUGAUUUUGAAUCGCCGUGCUCCUGGAGCUUCUCCAAUCACAGCAGCAGAUAUGAUUGGAGGGUCACGUCACCACAGCAACACAGAUCCAGCACACAGGCCAUGAGACCGGUCAGCGACCAUUCGGAGGGGAGCUCUGAUGGUCACUUCCUGCUUUUGAGUGCCUCUGCGGUCUCCAGGGCAUCUAGAAAGUGUGAAUACCACAUCACUAGUCCAGUGGUCUACAGUAGUGGCCCACUGUGCCGUCUGCAGCUGGCCCGUUUUGAGUUGGGGCCCACCGCUGGAAACCUCUCAGUCUUAGUGAAACCAGUCGACUCGGCAUCUGUCAUCAGCACAACAGCUCUCAGUGGCAGAGCCCAAGAUGGCACCAGGGCCCAGUGGGAGGUGCUGGAGACGGUGAUUGGAGAGGUGGAUGAGCCCUUCCAGGUGACCCUGCUCUACUCCACUUGCCUGGGGAAGGAUAGGGGGACUCUGGCUCUCGACUCCCUGGAGCUCAUAGACUGUGACAUGGGUCACCAUGAAUUACAGCUGGGCACAGACUGUGACGAGAUCACUUCUUUCCACUGUGAGCUAGGAGGCUGCAUUGACAAGACUAGAGUAUGUGACUUCCACAGUGACUGCCCCCUAGGGGAGGACGAGGGAUUUAUCUGUGACACUCUGCCUUAUGGAGCCCACUGUUCCUUUGAGCCUGGGCCCUGUGGCUGGUCAACGUCCAGUGAGCUGUCCUCUUGGAGGAGGGUCAGUGGGGAGGAACUGGAACACACUAAAGACAUGCUGGGGACAGCUCUGCAAAACACCCAAGGGCACUUCCUGUUCCUGGCGGUGAGAGGGAACAGUUCCAGUAUUAAAGCGUCUGUCCGAAGUUCCUCAUUCCCCCGACCGCUCUCUACCAUAGCCUGUCAGUUGCAUUUCUCCCUGUAUCUCUAUGGGGAGUUUAAUGGCACCGUGCUGCUGUCGCUAGAGGAUAACAGUACUGUUGCAUCCCCGUUGGUGUGGGAGAGGUCUGGACAGUGGAAAGACAACUGGCAGGACAUCACUCUGCAGCUACCUGCCCUCCUCAAUGGGUUCCACCUCAAGGUGAAGGCUCUGUGGGGACCAGGCUCCAAUGCUGACAUCGCCCUAGAUGACAUUGCUCUGGGGGCAGCAUGCUUUGACACGGAUCUCAACUCCCUGCUGCUUGGACACAGAUUCCUCCAUGAAAUGGACUCCAUCAGUGAACUGGAUUUCUUCAGCCCCCUCCCAGAGCCCUCUGCCUCAGAGGUGUCCCUGAUGACCUGGUGGUUCACAUCCUGUGGGGCCAGUGGCCCCCGAGGUCCCACCCAGGCCCAGUGUGACAGCGCAUACCGCAACACCAACGUCAGUGUCACAGUGGGCAAGGAGGGUCCGUUCAAAGGAGUGCAGACCUGGAGGGUACCGGCCACCAACAGAUACAUGAUCUCAGCCUAUGGAGCUGCAGGUGGCAAAGGAGCAAAGAACCACAACAAGCGUUCCCACGGUGUCUUCAUCUCAGCCAUCUUCCCUCUGGAGAAGGGAGACAUCGUCUAUAUACUGGUGGGACAUCAAGGGGAGGAUGCCUGUCCAGGGAGAAAUCCUCUGACACAGAAGAUCUGCCUGGGGGAAUCCUCAGUGAUAGAAGAUGAGUUCACUGGUGAUGAUUGGGCAGGUGGUGGAGGAGGCGGCGGAGGAGCCACCUAUAUUUACAACAUGGAGGGUGGAGUACUGGUGCCUCUACUCAUAGCAGCUGGUGGUGGAGGUAAAGCCUACCUGGAGGACCCAGAGAGCAGCUUGGACCAGAUCCCUCUGGAGCAGUAUGAGAAUGACACGGUGGCUGCCAGCUCCAACGGCAAGACUGGGGCAGCAGGGGGAGGUGGAGGUUGGAAGGACUCCUCCAGCCACUUGUGGGCAGGGAAGUCUCUCCUGGAGGGGGCCGAGGGGGGUUCCUCUUGUCCCCAAGCCUUAUCCAAACUGUCCUGGGCCACCUUCGGGGGGUUUGGAGGGGGAGGGGGAGCCUGCACUGCUGGAGGAGGAGGCGGCGGAUACAGAGGAGGCGAUGCCGCGCUGACUGAUGACAUCACAGCGGGCGGUCAGGAUGGCAUCUCCUUUGUUCAUCCCAUGGGAGAGAUAUUUCUCCAGCCGCUGGCAGCCAUGGAGAGCCAUGGAGAAUGUGAGAUCAAGGUGCAGCUCAAUUGCAGUCACUGCCAGACCCAGAGCUGCAAACGAGACGAGGACACUCGACUCAUCCUCUGCCUCUGUCACAACGAGGAGGUGCUGGCCAGUGACAAUGUCACCUGCACAGCAGCCCCUCAGGGCCUCACCCCAAAAGGCCAGCUGUCCCUGUCCCUCAUCCUGGCCGUGGUGGCAUCUAUCGUGGUGACGGGCAUCGUCCUGACCUGCGCCAGCCUCACCAUCAUAUACUACCGUAAGAAGAACCAGCUGCAUGCUGUCAGGCUGCGUCUCCAGAGUCCAGAGUACAAGCUGAGUAAGAUCCGGUCAUCCACCAUCAUGACAGACUACAACCCAAACUACUGCUUUGCUGGCAAGGCUGCUUCACUGAGCGAGCUGAAGGAAGUACCACGCAAGAACAUCACCCUCCUCAGGGCGUUGGGCCAUGGAGCAUUUGGGGAGGUGUAUGAGGGCCAGGUUCUAGGGAUGAAUGGCGAGAACACAGCCAUGCAAGUGGCCAUAAAGACUCUUCCGGAGAUCUGCUCCGAACAGGACGAGAUGGAUUUCCUGAUGGAGGCCCUGAUUAUGAGUAAGUUCAGCCACCAGAACAUAGUGCGCUGCAUCGGGGUGAGUCUGCAGAUCCUGCCCCGCUUCAUCCUCCUUGAGCUGAUGACUGGAGGAGAUAUGAAGAGCUUCCUGAGACAGAACAGACCCAAAACGAGUCAGAGCUCCUCCCUCACCAUGCUGGAGCUGUUACACGUGGCCAGAGACAUCGCCUUCGGCUGCCGUUACUUGGAGGAGAACCACUUCAUCCACAGAGACAUAGCUGCCAGGAAUUGUUUGCUGACCUGCCCUGGGCCAGACAGAGUGGCUAAGAUAGGGGACUUUGGAAUGGCACGUGAUAUAUACAGGGCCAGCUACUACAGAAAGGGCGGCCGUGCCAUGCUGCCCGUCAAGUGGAUGCCGCCAGAGGCCUUCAUGGAGGGCAUCUUCACCUGCAAAACUGACACCUGGUCGUUUGGAGUACUGCUCUGGGAGAUUUUCUCUCUUGGCUACAUGCCUUACCCCUGCAAGACCAACCAAGAGGUUCUGGAGUUUGUGACGAGUGGGGGGAGGAUGGAUCCCCCGAAGAGCUGUCCCGGGCCUGUUUACCGGAUCAUGACUCAGUGCUGGCAGCACUGCCCUGAACACAGACCCAAUUUCUCCACCAUUCUGGAGAGGAUCAACUACUGCACUCAGGACCCUGAUGUGAUCAACACACCCCUGCCUGUGGAGUAUGGCCCCACAAUAGAGGAGGACUUGAGCACUGUGAUCUGCCCUGACACCUCAGGCAGUCUGACCCCUCUGCUGGUGGCCCCCUCCCAGGAGGUCUCUCCCCAGCUCAGCAGCCUGGGUCUGGGCAUUGGUCCCACCCCGCUGCCCCAACCACACAAGCCCCGUCUGCUGCUACAUAGGCCCCAGCAGCUGCCUCAGGAGGUGGCCUCAUACCGUGAGGCCCUGGAGCCCUGCUGGGCUGAGCCUGUCCCUGCUCCAGGGGGCUGGCUCCAACCUGAGCCCCUCCUCCAGCCCUGCUCCAGGAACAGCUCCUUCUCAGGCAGCCAGAGGCUCAAAAACAAGACCAAGAACCUGUGGAACCCAACCUAUGGCUCUUGGGUGCUGGAGAGCUUUGGUCAGGGGAAGACAGCACUGUCUCAUACCCAGUCCAUGCCCCUGUCCAGCAGCUGCUCUGCCCUCCAGGCAGUACCUCCUACCUCCGAGUGCACCAACUCUGGGUGUGAUGGCAGCCUCGGCCUCCCUGCCCCCAGCAGCCUGUGCUCCUCAUCCCCCUCCUCGUCCUGCCAGACCCUUUCUGCUCCCCAGGGUGUACCCAGCCUCAGCCUGGUGUCCUCCCAGAAGGGCCCAGCAGGCGGCGCCAGUGGGGGCCAGGCCGUGGACCUGGCUAAGCUGCAGAGCUUCCCCUGUGGCAACGUCAACUAUGCCUACGACGAGCAGAGCUACGAGGUGGAGAGACUGCCCCUGGUGGUGCCCAAAAGCCCAGAGCCCUGUCCCAGCACCAGCUGUGCCCCCAGCGGCUCUUUCUCCUCCUGCUCAGGGGCAGGCCUGGGUGCAGCCUCCUCUUAUAUGCCCAAACUGCUACUGAAGCGCCACGCCAGCUAUGGACACGAGGAUGUGAGGAAGCACACCAAACCUGAGAAACCCACCCGGGACAGAGACUCAGGCUUCUCCCUGUCGGAGGACCUGAGCGUCACCCCUGUCUAAAUGUGGCU